AUAUGUUACUUCAACUAAAGUCGAGUGCACUGGGUUCAGUUCUUACGGCCAGUUUCAGCGUUAGCAAAGCUAACUAAAGAUAUAUAAAUUUUCAUAUUGAUGCACUAAGGAUCAAUUAAUGAAUUGAUUGCGGUAAAAAUCAAAACAAACUUAAACGCAUGUUGUUUUGUGUUGUUUAACUAAGUAUUAAGGCUAUAAGUAAUUUUAACACCAUGGUUCGAAAAAAAAUUGAUAAUCGAGUACGAAUAUUGAUUGAAAAUUGUGUUGCUACCCAUCAUCGAUCUUUAUUCGUAGUCGUUGGAGAAAAAGCUCGAGAUUCUGUUGUAAUUUUACAUGAAAUGCUUUCUAAAGCUGAAGUUAAAGCAAGGCCUACUGUUUUGUGGUGCUAUAAGAGUGAUCUUGGAUUUUCAACGAAUAAGAAAAAAAGACGAAGAUUGAAAAGUGCACUCUCUGGCCAAGGAAAACAAGUCCUCGAUGAAAAUGACUCAAUUGAAUAUUUCAUAGCUUCAACUAAUAUAAGAUAUUGCUAUUAUAGGUAA